AUGGCCGCGUACUUCCAGGCACCCACUGCUUACUCGCGCACCGCUCUGCCGCCGCUCGCCGCUGUUUCCGCCCCGCAGCACCUCGUUCCACCGAGCGACACCAGCGGCACGAUCAUGGCCAUUACUGGGGUGGGCUUCACUGUCAUCGCGGGCGACGCACGCAGGGGUGACGCGUUCGGGGCCUAUCCCCAGGUCAGAUUCGUGCCUACGGUCUUCCGUCUGACAGAUAAGGCGGUGCUAGCGACCAAUGGGUUUGCGUCUGAUGGCAACAUCUUCAUUAAGAAGGUCCGCCAGCGCCUAGAUUGGUAUCGCCAUGCACACGCCAAAGACAUGUCGCUGCACGCGAUCGCCCUGCUGAUCCAGUCAAUGCUCUAUCAACGGCGCUUCUGCCCUUUCUACGUCCACAAUAUCCUCGGCGGUAUCGAAGACGACGGCUCGGGGGCGGUAUACUCCUUCGACGAGGUCGGAUCUUACGUGCGCGAAACAUGUCGCGCCGCCGGGUCGGCAUCGACGAUGCUGCAGCCCUUCUUGGACAGCCAGAUAUACCCCAAAUCCAGCCAGCCACCUACGCCAGGCAGCGCAACGCAUCUCUCCCUCGCGCGCGUGCUCGCGCUCGUGAUGGACUCCUACAAACACGCCGCAGACCGCCUAAGCCACGAUCAGAUCGGCGACGGGCUCGAAGUCUACAUCGUGCUCUCCAAGGGCACUUCCACGCAGGGCCUCAACAUCGAGGGUGUGUCCGAGGUGACCAGCAUCCCGGGCGGCGAGCGCAUAUUCCUCCUCCGCAGAUCCCUGGCUUGA